CACCAACACUGCAAAUCCACAAUGCCUUUACCAAAGAAACAGACUGUUCCCAUCAAGGCGGCGAGUUCCAGCGCGCCAAAGAGCGACGCUCGAUUCGCAAAUUUCGAAAGCGACCCAAAGUUCAGACUGCCUUCGAAAAAACACAACAAAACCAAACUCGAUCCACGUUUCUCGCGCCUACGCAGCGACCCGGACUUUUACAACAAAGCCACGGUCGAUAAAUAUGGUCGCAAGAUCUCAAAGGAUGCCGGGAAAAAGGCCAUGGAGCGCUUGUACGAAGCAGACGAUGACGAGGAAGUUGGAGAAGAUGUAGAAGACGAGCUAGAACUAGAGGGUCCGUCAGAUGGGAAGCGGGACAAGGCUGUCGCUAAAGAGCUGGCAAGAGUAGCAGAGCAAGGCUUCGAUCCUAUCAGGGACGGCGGCAUAGAGUCUUCUUCAGAUGAGAGCUCCAGUGACGAAGAAGAGGACGAAGACGUCGAAGAGCAGGCAGAAUUGGCUGGGGAGGGCAACGAUGUGCCGACGGGUGACAUCUCAGCCCGUCUGGCUGCGGUGAACAUGGACUGGGACAACAUGCGGGCCAGUGACAUAAUGGGUGUCGCGAGUUCGUUUAUCCCAGCUGGUGGGAAGAUCUUGAACGUGGUUAUCUAUCCAAGCGAGUUUGGCAUGGAGCGACUACAACGUGAGGAGAUUGAAGGCCCGCCUCGCGAAAUCUUUGCGUCCACAGCGAACAAAAACGAGAACAACAUCACCUCAUUGGGCGACUCUCCACAGGCAUCCGAUUCCGAUGAUGACGAGCAAACAAAUGACGAUCUGCAGAAAGAUGACGGCGAGGAGUUCGAUUCGACGGCAUUGCGGAGCUACCAACUCGACCGUCUGCGCUACUACUAUGCUGUUAUCACAUGCUCUUCAGCAAAUGUUGCAAAAGCGAUCUACGACAACCUAGACGGGCGAGAAUACCUAACGAGCGCCAACUUCUUCGAUCUUCGAUUCGUUCCUGAUGGCACCACCUUCGACCAAGACCCCCAUGACAACUGCAACAAAUUGCCGGAAGGCUACAAGCCGAAUGAGUUCACCACAGAUGCGCUCACCCAUUCGAAAGUCAAGCUGACAUGGGACGCCGACGACGCGACAAGAAAAGAAGUCCAAAAGCGCGCAUUCUCGAGAAAAGAGAUUGACGAGAAUGAGCUGCAAGCUUACCUCGGUACAGACUCUUCGUCGUCAGAAGAUGAGACUGAGAUUGCCAAAACUGAAAAGGCAGCAAGUCUCCGAGCAGCUCUAGGUCUCGAAACCACAAGCAGAACCUCAAAGUCGAAGCCAAAGCCAUCUGCGAAGAGAGACCGCGAUUUUCCCAAGCCAGACGGAGAAAUGCAGAUUACUUUCACAGGCGGCCUCUUGAACGGCACUGGCAAGGGCUCUGUAUUCGAGAAUGAAAUUCCUAUUCAGGAGACAACCAUGGAAGCGUACGUACGCAAGGAGAAAGAGAGAAAGGCCAAGCGCAAGGAACGAUCAAAGGCCAAAAGGGAGGGGCGGGAUCCUGAUGCCGAGAUCGAGGAAACAGCGGACGCUGAUGCGGGUGUUGGUGCUGAUGAGGACGAUCCUUUCAACGACCCGUUCUUUGGAUCUGACGCCGAAGAAGCCGCGAAGGCUGUGAAGGUGGACCAGAAAUCCAAGAAAGCCAAGAAACGCGAAGAGAGAGAACAGCAAGAGAAGGCCAUAGCAGCUGAGCGAGCGAAUCUCGAGCUACUUAUGGCUAACGAAGAUGAUAAGAUGCGUCACUUCGACAUGAACGAGAUCGUCAAGGCGGAGAAGGCUAAGAAGAAGGGAAAGAAGGCCAAGAAGAAUGUGCCGGUUGUGGAAGACAACUUCAAGAUCAAUACAAGCGACCCGCGUUUUGCUAAGCUGUACGAGAGCCAUGAAUUCGCAAUCGAUCCUACAAACCCAAGGUUCAAGGAAACAGCGGCUAUGAAGGCACUGCUUGAGGAGGGACGUAAGAAACGAAAGCAAGGUGGGGACAGAGAUGAACCUGAACGUGCGCGGGAUUCCAAGAAGUCUAAGAAGGAGCAGACCGAUGGGGAUGACGACCUCAAGAAGCUGGCGGCUCGCAUCAAGGCCAAAAGCAAACAAACGUAAGGUGUUAGAUCAAUUUGCGUAGAAUGAUACCCCGUGGUCCCUGGUAAAUUCCAACGUAGCAC